AUGGCGCGCCGCGCGGCCGGCGGCGGGUCGGCGGCCUGUCCGCUGCCGCCGCUAGUCGCCCGCGGAGCCCAGCGCUUCUUCGCCUCCUCUGCGCCGCGCAGCGACGAUGCCGCUGAGGCCCUCGCGGCCGCUCCCGCUCUGCGCCUGAGGAAGAGGACCCUCGCCAUGGCCCACGCCCGACUGCAAGCCAACCCCGCUCCCGGCGCCGCCGCCGCCGCCGCCGCCGCCUUCGCCCAAGCUGGGCCUACCCGUCGCAAGGACGCCGCGCUGCUCCUGCUGCUGGUCUCGCUCGCCGCGCUCUUCAAAGGCACAGGUAACCCGUGGAGCACUUUCCUUGUUGGUUGCGGCGUAUUUUACUUCAUCAGAUAAGUUCGUUUUGUCUUUGG